CCCCUCUCUCUACCUCUCACUCUGCCUUUCAUACAUACGCCAGAGCACAGACUGCAGCAGAACAGGCCAGUAGGAUUUUCCUCCUCAUCCUGGAACAGCCGAGAAACCAGAGAGACAGUUCCCCGCUGAGGAGGAGAGAGACGUUAUACAUGGAUGAUCCACUGAGGAGUACCUGACCCACAAGCUGCUGAGUGUGUAGGUUUGCAUCUGGCUCUCAGAAGCAGUUGUGUGGACUCCUACACGCACCCAUCCCUCGACGGGACCGGCCCACUCCCUCCUUAGUUAAGGAUAGGAUGCCCGGCUCUGCGCCCUUGUGCUGAGGAGGCGUCUGCGGGCGAAAGAAUGGGCGCUGUGCUGACCGGAAUCCCCACCACCCCCUCCACCACCGAUCUGCCACCACCACGCCGCCCCACCAAGACGGGCGCUUCCCCCAGCCCCGCCGAUGGGCGAAGACACUGACGCCACCCCGACGCUCAACCACCGCGGCUUCCUCCCCGACCACAACUAUGUGACUGAAGCAUUGCCCGGUGCUGAAGUAGCGUGUCUGCCAAACAAUUAUCCAACAGUGCUCUAAAGGCUGCUCAAACACAAUGUGCCUCUGGCUGCUCCUGGCUAUAGCCUGAAGAGCUCCGCCCAUCCUGUCCACCCCUCUCCACCCUGGAGUCCUCCCCCAGGAUGUUGAGCCCCAUCCAGGUCCUGUGCUCCGACAUCACUACCCUUUCUCUGGAGCCUGAGCCGUUUGCCUCUUACACUGAAGCUGAUAUCAUCUCCACUGUUGAAUUCAACCACACCGGAGAGCUCCUGGCCACAGGGGACAAGGGAGGCCGAGUGGUCAUCUUUCAGAGAGAACCUGAGAGCAAGAGUGAGCCAUUCUCCCAGGGUGAGUACAAUGUCUACAGCACCUUCCAGAGCCAUGAGCCCGAGUUCGACUACCUUAAGAGUCUGGAGAUCGAGGAGAAGAUCAAUAAGAUCCGAUGGCUGCCUCAGCAGAAUGCCGCACAGUUCCUUCUCUCCACCAAUGAUAAGACCAUUAAGUUGUGGAAGGUGAGUGAAAGAGACAAACGGCCGGAGGGAUACAACCUGAAGGAUGAGGAGGGUCGCAUCAAGGACAUCUCCACCGUCACCUCCCUACAGGUGCCGGUGUUGAUGCCGAUGGACCUGAUGGUGGAGGUGAGUCCGCGGCGAGUGUUUGCAAACCCCCACACUUACCACGUCAACUCCAUCUCCGUCAACUCUGACUAUAUGACCUACAUGUCAGCUGAUGACCUGAGGAUCAACCUUUGGCAUCUGGACAUCACCGACCGCAGCUUCAACAUUGUGGACAUCAAGCCAGUCAACAUGGAGGAUCUGACAGAGGUGAUCACAGCGGCUGAGUUUCACCCCCACCACUGUAACUUGUUUGUCUAUAGCAGCAGCAAAGGCACCCUGCGCCUCUGUGACAUGAGAGAAGCAGCGCUGUGCGACAAACACUCCAAAUUGUUCGAGGAGCCCGAGGACCCCAGCGCCCGCUCCUUCUUCUCUGAGAUCAUCUCCUCUGUGUCGGACGUCAAGUUCAGCCACAGCGGUCGCUACCUGCUUACCAGAGACUACCUGACUGCCAAAGUCUGGGACCUCAACAUGGAGAGCAAGCCCCUGGAGACAUACCAGGUUCACGAUUACCUUCGCAGCAAGUUGUGUUCCCUUUACGAAAACGACUGCAUCUUUGACAAGUUUGAGUGUGCCUGGAACGGCUCGGACAGUGUGAUCAUGACCGGAGCUUACAACAACUUCUUCCGCAUGUUCGACCGGAACACCAAACGCGACGUGACCCUGGAGGCGUCGAGGGAGAGCAGCAAACCCAGGGCUGUCCUGAAGCCACGGAGGGUUUGUGCUGCUGGGGGAAAGCGCCGAAAGGACGACAUCAGCGUGGAUAGCCUGGACUUCACCAAGAAGAUCCUCCACACUGCCUGGCACCCGAAUGAGAACAUCAUCGCCAUCGCCGCCACCAACAACCUGUACAUCUUCCAGGACAAACUCAACUCUGAGAUGCAUUAAUAAAGGGAUGUCAACAGUGAAACAAGUUUACACCUGAACACAUAGCUAUGCCAGAAUGUACACAUUAUGGACACACACACACACACACACACACACCUCUAGGUCUACUCUUUGACACACUCCCUCACCUCCUCCGCCCCCAGCCUCCCAGAACUGAAAGGACCUAGAAAGGGCUAGAAAAGGGAACAGGCUGGAUUACGCAAUGGAUUAUGGAUUGCAAAAUUGUCCGAACUGUGUAUUUCCUGAUUGUUAAACUCUGGAUUUGGCUUGAUGGUGUGUUGAUUGCUACAGCUCAGCUUCUGAGGGGAUAAACACCCCC